CUCUCUCUCUCUCUCUCUUUCUCUCUUUCUUUCUUUCUCUCUCUCUGUAUUUUUUGGUCGGCUAAUCCACUCUCCUUCCUUCAUUUUCCUGAUUUGCCGAUUCGAAAGACCUUUUUUUUCGCUGCCUGAUAACACUCUGCCCGAGAUAUGGCAAUGGUAGUUAGUACGUGGCGAGACCCGCAGGACGACGUGGCCGGAGCGCAGGGCACACAGCCACCCCCGCCUCAGCAAGGACCGCAACAGCCUUCUGGAGCACCCCUUACCCCGCAGACCCCGGGCCAGCCGGGAGCCCCGGGCACCCCGGCCCAGUCCAACCAACAGCAAGGCGAGAAGCAGCAGCAGCAUAUCGAGUGUGUGGUGUGCGGGGAUAAAUCGAGCGGCAAACACUACGGCCAGUUCACCUGCGAGGGUUGCAAGAGUUUCUUUAAAAGAAGUGUGCGCAGAAACUUGACGUACACAUGUCGUGCCAACAGGAACUGCCCCAUAGACCAACACCACCGCAAUCAGUGUCAGUACUGUCGCCUGAAAAAAUGCCUCAAAGUCGGCAUGAGACGGGAAGUCUGUUCUUUUCGCACUGCAGCAGUCCAAAGGGGAAGAAUGCCACCUACACAACCGACUCCAGGCCAGUUCGCCUUGACAAACGGAGACCCACUCAACUGCCAUUCCUAUUUAUCGGGAUAUAUCUCCCUGUUACUGCGGGCCGAGCCCUACCCGACCUCCCGCUACGGCAGCCAGUGCAUGCAACCGAACAAUAUCAUGGGCAUUGAAAACAUUUGUGAACUGGCCGCUCGGCUGCUCUUCAGCGCCGUGGAAUGGGCGAGGAAUAUCCCUUUCUUCCCGGAUCUGCAGAUCACAGACCAGGUAGCCCUGCUAAGGCUGACCUGGAGUGAGUUGUUUGUUCUGAACGCUGCCCAGUGCUCCAUGCCUCUUCAUGUGGCUCCUCUCUUGGCCGCCGCCGGGCUCCAUGCGUCUCCUAUGUCUGCAGACAGGGUCGUUGCGUUCAUGGAUCACAUAAGGAUCUUCCAGGAACAGGUCGAAAAACUCAAGGCUUUGCACGUCGAUUCGGCAGAGUACAGCUGCUUAAAGGCCAUUGUCCUCUUUACUUCAGAUGCUUGCGGUUUGUCUGAUGUGGCCCAUAUAGAAAGCUUACAGGAGAAAUCGCAAUGUGCUCUGGAGGAGUAUGUGCGCAGCCAGUACCCGAACCAACCGACCCGUUUUGGGAAGCUUUUACUUCGUCUCCCUUCUCUUCGCACCGUCUCAUCUUCUGUCAUCGAGCAAUUAUUCUUCGUCCGUUUGGUAGGUAAAACCCCCAUAGAAACCCUGAUCCGUGAUAUGUUACUAUCCGGGAGCAGCUUCAACUGGCCUUACAUGUCGAUUCAAUAAAUAGGAGGGGAAAAGGCAAGUGACAUUAUUUUGCAAAUUCCUUCUGUAAGGAAGGAAUUAAAAGGCUGUUACAAGUUUACCUAUGUGACACAAAAAAUUGAAGAGAGGGAAGAAUAAAAAGGACUGUGGAUUUCAAUGACUGUACACGAACUUAAAAAACGCAUUCAAAAACUCUCCUGUGUCGUUCAGAACAACUUGCUACUUAUCAUUUUGUAACAAAAGGAAAUUAGUCUUUUAUUUUGGUUUAUUUUGUAAACUUUUGAGAAAUAUCGAUAUAAAGAUAAGUGCAUUUAAACAAGAAUUUCAAAAUUAGGAGGAAAGAAAAAUAACAUUUUCCAAAUUAUUAUAAAUUGUCCGGUGUCUAUGUAUCUAUAGCUGUUUUGUAUUUUUCCUGGUUUCAAACCAGUCUCCUCUGUGAUUCUCUACUAAUAAUUUUGAUAUAACCAUUGCUUCUUAUCAGAUACGGUGUAUCACAUAAAUAUGUUCUGCAAGAAUUAAAACUGAAUCCGCUAAAAUGUUAGAUGAAAGGGGUUUUUGACAGAAAUGCAACUUAAUGCUGGAAGCGCACUUAUAGUGUUAACUCAAAAGACGUUUAAUUUGGGGGAAAUUGACUGCAGACCAAUAUUAAAUGAUACACACUUGUAAUUUAAAAAUCCAUUGUUGAAAACUCGUUAAUAUUGACAUGUGGGGGUUGGGGGCGGGAGUAGAAUGUGGGUAUAUAUCUGAAAGAAAAAUAUUUUAUGUGUCCAAGACACAGUACAAUUUUUUCAUUAAAUUUAUGUGGCUCAAUUUAGUUCCUAUUGCAGUAUAAAAACGUACGAGGCUCCAAAACACGCCCGUUUGUAUAUUUCCCACCCAUUUGUCACAAUUAUAAAUCCUUCGCCCUUUUAAAGGAAAAAAAAUACCACAAUUUCUUUUCUUGGAUUCAGCAUGGAACUCGAUGUCGGCACUUACUAUUUGACAUGUGGUUAAUUAAGUAUCUGGAGUUUACAGUCGUGUAUACAAGCUGAAGGGUUUUUUUUAAAGUGCAAAAUUUCUGUACUGUAAAAGUUAUGAUUGGAUUGUUUGGUCAGUCUUGUGUGUUAUAUUCAAGAAAAAAUGAAAGUAUUCGGAGAUUAUAAUAUUAUUUGAUAUAUGAAACUUCUCGCUGUUACAAUUGUAUGUUCACCCAAGGGAAAAAAAAUCUCAUUACAAUGGUCAAACAUUGCAGUUUACUGGAGUCAUUACAAUUCGUGCAUUAUUUGUCUUACUUACUCGAUAUACCUGUAUAGUUUACUGCCACAGUCUGUAGUAGUGGACAAACCACAUGCUUUUUCAAUGAAAGGAUAUAUCGUGAACUCAUGCUGCUCCUUGCCUUUAAGUUUUAGCAAUGACACCUUAAAGAUACAGUCAAAUGCCCCUAUAUGACAGCCGAACCCCGUCCUUUUAAAAUUCAAAAUGCCAUGGGGAUUUUGACCACCGACUCUUAUUUAGUUCUAACUUAAGUGCCUGUGCAACCAAUGUACAUUAGACAGGUGUUAGGAAGCAUGGAUCAUUAUGUGUUUUAAUGGUCAGGAUUUUGUUUUGAAGCUUAUUGUGUCUAAAGUUCACGCACAGAACACACUUAAACAAGCAAUUGCUACUAGGAACAGUGUUGAUUGUAAAUAAAAUAUAUUAAAUGAGAUUUAUUCAAAAAAGUAUGUCUGGAAAAAUGUGGUUGCCAAUUUUUGUUAUUGGAAGAUCUUCAAACGGAAGAUGAUGUGGCUGACGUUUGAUGUGUAGCACUACAAGUGAGCCUGAUUUUAUGUAUAUAAAUAUAAAUUCAUUUGAAUUUUUAUAUAUGGGAAUAGACUGUGAGAGCAUGGCCACAGGUCGCUAACACAUUUUACAUUUGUUACAUACAUGUAAAUGUUUGAUUGUAUAGAGGAUAUACAUUUGGGCGAAUGUUUGCCUUCAGUGCUCCCAUAUACCCGUGUUUAAAGGCAAAACACACACACACAAAAGCAAAAAUAAAAAACAGAGCGAGCUGGUUUGGGUUGGCCAAGCCAUUUGUUCCGAGCUUUUCUGGUAGUGCUGCUACCCACACUGCAGUGUGAAAACUUGCAUUUUGUCCCUUUUUUAAAAAAAAAUAAAAAAACUUUUUUUUUGUGUGUGGCUGUCCAGCCACA